GUCUCGGUCAUGUGAUCAGCUGUGUCCAAUCACAGCUGAUCACAUGUACACUGAUCAUCAGAGCACUGAUGAUCAGUGUGCCCUGAUGAUCUAUGUGGCCCCAGCAGUGUCACCUGUCAGUGUCCAUCAGUACCAGCUGUCAGUGCUCAUCCAUGCCACCUGCCAGUGCCCAUCAGUGCCACAUCAGUGCCACAUUUCAGUGCCUACCAGUGUACAUCAAUGCCACAUAUCAGUGCCAAUCAGUGCCACCUAGCAAUGCCAGUCAGUGCCACCUAUUAGUGCUGCCAAUCAGUGCCAGUCAGUGCCGCCUAUCAGUGUGCAUCAGUGCAGCCUAUCAGUGCCCGUCAGUGCUGCCUAUCAGUGCCGCCUAACAGUGCCAGUCAGUGCCACCUAUCAGUGCCAGUCAGUGCCCCCUAUCAGUGCCGCCUAUCAGUG